CCAUGAAGUUGGUCAUCUUGAUUCUGAUUCUUACAAUAUUUAGUUCCUAAGCUCAAUCAUCACUUAGAGGCAAAAACAAAUUUGAGUAGAACGACGAAUAAAUAUAUAUGAAUAAUGCAUAUCCCCCAGAACUAUAAGAAUAUUCAUUAUUUGCGCAAUUAACCAAGCCCUUAUAUGAAACUGCGCCGAUGGAUGUUAUGCUGCUAAACCAUGAGAUGGAAAUAGCUAGAAUGAUGGGCACCCAAGGAAUAACCUUAAGGAAUUACUCCUGCUUGGUGAUCAAUGUUCACGGACUUCAUUUGAUAUUUCCUAUUCCAUAUAGAAUCAAUAUCUUAAAACCAUCAUACAUUCUAACUGCAUUAAAGUCGGUUUACUUAAAUUUAUACUCUUAUGCAAAGAAUAAAUGA